CCGGACGUCUCCCCAUUUCUCUUCUCGAUGCCGGGGAGCACACAGAAGCUCAUUGUGCUGGGCCUGUCUCUCUCUCUCUGCCUUGGCUUUAGCGGGCCGCGGGGGCUGGCAUCCCCUGGUACCCGGUGCUGGGUCUGAAGCUCUCCUCUUGCUACCCAGGACAUACUUGUGGGAGGAAAGCGGCAGGGAUUCCUCACGCUCGGAGAGAAGAACCUCUCGAUCCUCAUCCCAGCUUGGCACCGAUCGAUGCUGGAAAGGUUGGCGGGCGAGAAGGACGCCAGCGAGACGCCGUCAAAAGGUCCAUCUUCUCACCAUUCUUCAUAAGUCUGCAACAUGAAGGUCUUUUACAGGACUCUCCCGGUCUUCUGGAUGCUACUGAAAGGGGUUCUAGCUGGGCCAUGGAGUGCCUGGAUGCCAGAGAACAUUGCUGCCUUCGAGGGCACCUGCGUGGUCAUCCCCUGCCGCUUCAACUACCCUGAAGAGCUGCGCCCAUCGGUCGUGCAUGGCAUCUGGUACUUCAACAGCCCUUACCCCAAAAACUACCCUCCAGUGGUCUACAAGUCCCGCACCAACAUUGUCCACGAGAGCUACGUCGGGCGCACCCGGCUGCUGGGAGACCUGAACACUCGCAACUGCACUCUGCAGAUCACCCGCCUCAGCCCGGAGCUGACUGGCAAAUAUUACUUCCGCGGAGACCUGGGCGGCUACAAUCAGUACACCUACUCGGAGCAUUGCAACCUUGAGAUUAUCAACAAACCCACCAUCGUGACCCCUCCAGAAGUGGUGGAAGGAUCUGAGGUCGAGCUGCGUUGCAUGGUGCCCGACAACUGCCCUGAGAUGAAACCCAUCAUCUCGUGGACAAAUCACGAGGGUUUAGCUCAGUAUUCAGUCUACGGGCAGGUGGAGGAGGAAGGUGGCACCUGGUCUCUCAUUUCCAUGCUCAAGUUCCUACCUUCGCGUGAGAACAACCAUCAGGAGUUGGGCUGCAAGGUCAACUACGCCAACACCACCUUCGAGUUUGAUUCUUUCUCCAUUCUAGAUGUCAAAUAUGUACCCCGUAUCGUGCAAGCAAAUGCCUCCACAGAGGUAAUACAGGGCUCACCAGUGGUAAUGGUGUGUGCUGUGGACAGUAACCCCCUGGCACUGAUCUCAUGGCUCAGGGAAGAUGACAUUCUGUACGAAGAGGUUGGUGGGAGCCUAACGCUUCGUCUGGAAAACGUAACCUACCUACAGGACGGCAUCUACACUUGUGUGGCUGAGAACAUCUAUGGGAAGGAGAACCAUUCGAUGGCCUUGACCGUGAUGUAUGCCCCUUGGAAGCCCGUAGUGAAUGUGUCGGUGAUAGCUGUUGAGGGAGAUCCUUUGACCAUCCUGUGCAGCACGCAGAGCAACCCAGAGCCGAUCAUCACCAUCUUCAAGGAGAAGAAGGUCAUGAAGACCGUGGUCUACAGUAGCCAGCUGGCUCUGGAGUUCUCAUCCGUGACACACGAGGAUGACGGCGAAUACUGGUGCAUUGCUGAGAACCAGUUUGGCCAAACUGGCAGUGCUUUCAAUCUGACCAUUGAAUUUGCCCCCCUUAUCCUCCCGGAAUCCAAGUGCACGGCUGCCCGGGACACAGUGCAGUGCAUCUGCGCAGCAAAAUCAAACCCAGAAGCUGUGAUCAUCUUUAAGCUGCCCACCCGCAACGUGACAGUAAACGAGACCGACCGGGAGUUUGUGUACUCACAGAAAACCGGCUACACCAUCACCAGCAUCCUGACCCUGCGGGGGGAAGUGGACUCUCAGCUGUAUAUCGUCUGCUCCGCCAGGAACCUGUACGGCACCAAGGACCAGCAGCUCCAGUUCCACCACUCCAACAGUCUGAUGUGGGCAAAAGUCGGACCAGUGGGAGCAGUUGUAGCUUUCGCAAUCCUCAUAGCCGUAGUGUGUUACGUCAGCCAGACCAGGAAAAAGAAAAACAUGAAUCAAAGUUCAAGCUUCAUGCAGACAGAAAACCCUCCCGUCAUCUACAGCGGAGACUACAAGACUCCAGGCAACCUGGAGAAAUCAGAGUACGGACGACACCCAGGAAGUGACAAACGGCUCCUGAACAAGCGUGAGGACCUGGGCAUUGACUACGCCAACAUAGACUUCACCAAACUGUCCACCAAGGAUAGCUACACCCUGACGGAAGAGCUGGCUGAAUACGCUGAGAUCCGAGUCAAGUGAGAUUUGUCCCCUCACAACAGUGGCAGCUCCCACGGAACCCCAACCAUUGGAACUGUAGUAGUCUAAUGACACCCCUCGCCAAGCCAGCUGGCCCAGCUAACCCUAUUGGUCCUCCUGAGAUGAGCCUGCUCCAUUCGGCUUCAUCUGUAAACAUAUGUCAUGAUGCUCCUGCUUUAAGAACCCCAGGGGUUGUUUCUGUUCCCUUCACGAUACAUACUGAAGAUCACUUUAAUAUAUAUUUAUGCAUGCCCCUUAGUUGCCCACUUUUCAAUAUAUUAUUUCAGCCACGCAGUCAGGGUGGUUAUGAAAUUGUAAUAGGACAGCGGUACUCCACUUUUGCAAUCUGUACCAAUUUCUCCAGUCUACAUUUCCCUAAUCCACAUUUGUAAGGAAUGGAAAGCUGUCAUUGUUCCCAGUUAAUGCUGAAGAGAUUAAUGAAACCAGAAUAACAGAGUCAUUUGUAGAAUCUAUGUACCCCUCUCAUUCCACUCAAGAGUACCUUAAUGGUGUGUGCAUGUGGAUUUGGUGGAUCUCUGUUGGCACUCACAGGGCUGGUUCUAGCACAAACCAUGCCAAUCACUACCUGCUGCAGAUCUGUGGUCUCAUCAGAUCUUGAAAGGUCCAUUUUACAUUC